AUGGGAGACGCAGAGAAGGUCGCCUCACUUGAUCAAAAUGCCGCUGGCCCCUCAUCAUCAUCAUCAUCCCGCUCCGCGCGCAGCCCAGAACCGGAUGUCGCCGGCUUGAGCCCGGCCGAUUCCCUGGAUGGAGAGAAGAAGGUCGAUGACAACGAGGCCAAGGAGUCAGGAGAAGAGGAAGAAAAGCCUCAAGGAUACAAGUACAAUCCCGGCAAUCGCCGCAAGACUGAUGCGAGGAUACGACAGCAUGUCUGGCAAUUCUGGCGGCCUCGUACAGCUCCUCCGCCGCCGCCGCUUACCAUGGACGAAGCGGAGCCGUCGCCAAUCAUCUCUGCCAAUAUCAUCAGUAAGCUCACCUUCCAGUGGGCUACGCCGAUCAUGGUUCUCGGCUACAAGCGUGCUCUAGAGGCUACAGAUCUCAACAAGCUCCAUCCCGAUCGUGAGAGCAGCAGAUCCUCCCAAUUGUUGAUCGACGAAUGGGACAGGCGGGCCGAGGUAGCCAAGCAGUACAACAAGAAGCUCGCUGCAGGCGAGAUCCCCGUCGGGUUCACAAAGUCGCUACGCUGGCGAACUUCAAUUGCUUUCCGUACUGUUACGGGGAGGAGAGGCAAGAACAACCCUUCCUAUGCGGAGAGGGAGGCUCGUUGGAGGGCCGCGCCACCUCCCGGAGCAUGGGAUCCGCCUGCGCCCAAGAAGAAGGGCAAAGGUGGUGGCGGAAAGCCAGGAUCUGCUCCUACCGGACCUAAGCCGAAGAACUUCAGCGGGUGGCAAAGAGCUUCGCUCAUCGGAUCACUCCAUCCGCAGAUGUCGUGGAUGCUCUGGUCCGGUGUGGGAGUCAAGGUACUUGGUGACACUGCGCAGAUGACGGCUCCCCUCGUGCUUCGCAAGAUCAUCGCUUUCGGACAGGAGCGAUAUGCUGCCCAUCUUACUGGCCAGCCGCUGCCGAACAUCGGCGCGGGAAUUGGCUGGGCCUUCCUCCUCUUCUUCAUGCAGUUCAUUGCUGCCGUAUUCACCCAUCAAUUCUUCUUUAGGACAAUGUCCGUGGGUGUCUUCACUCGAUCCGCCUUGAUCGGUGGUCUCUUCAGGCGAGCAACAAAGAUGAACCCGAAGGACCGCUCCCCUGGUAAGCUGCUCAAUCACGCCUCGACGGAUGUCUCAAGGAUCGACUUUGCCUCUGCCUGGGCACCUCUCAUUUUCACCACGCCUAUUCAGCUGGCUAUCGGUGUUAUCCUCCUCAUCGUGCAGAUUGGACCCUCGGCACUUGUAGGUCUGGCGCUCCUUGUGGUCUCGAUGCCCAUGCAAGCCUUCAUGGUCAGGUCAAUGUUCGCGUCCCGAGGUGCAUCAAUGCAGUAUACUGAUCAGAGGAGCAAGCUCAUCAAUGAGCUUCUCGGAGGUAUGCGCAUUGUCAAGUCCUUCUCCUACGAGAACAACUUCCUCAAGCGUCUCGCCUUCAUUCGUCGCAAAGAACUCCAGGGCAUCCGAAAGCUUCUGGUUCUGCGAAGUAUCCAGCAAGCCAUCUCUUUCACGUUGCCGACGCUUGCUGCCGUCGUCAGUUUCGUCGUCUAUUACACCGUUCGCCAGGAUCUGCAAGCCACGGAGAUCUUCACAGCCCUCACCCUCUUCCAAUUGCUGCGAAUGCCCCUUAUGUUCCUGCCUCUCUCACUCUCUUCGGGUUCGGACGCAUACAAUGCAUUCCUCCGUUUGAGAGUUGUCUUUGAAGGAGAUCAGAUCGAAGACGAGGCACAGUACAACCUCGAGUCGGCCGAUGCCUUGCAGAUCGUCGACGGCACGUUCCAGUGGUACGAGAGCACACCGCCCACCGCUGCUGUUGGAAUGGGCGACAAGAAAGACAAGGUCAAAGCGGCCGAAAACAAACGCUCCAAGAAAGACAAGAUCACUGCUGCUGAUUCGGCCAAGGUAGAGCAAGCCGCAGGCGUAGCUGGUGAUAGUACCGAGGCAACAGUGACAGAAGAUCGCGCCGGUCCCAACCUCGCUGAUGGUGCUUCCUCUGAGAAGCCAGAGGAGAAGCAGGCUCCAUUCAUGCUCUCCAACCUUGAUCUGAACAUUCCCAAAGGCCAACUUUGCGCCAUCGUGGGACCCGUCGGAUGCGGCAAGAGCUCUCUGCUCUCUGCCUGCCUGGGUGAGAUGCCCAAGAAGGGAGGUGUCGUCACAUGGGGUACUCAAGGUGUCGCAUACGUGCCUCAGACUGCCUGGAUUCAAGCUGCCACUGUCCGCGAGAACAUCGUCUUUGGCCAGCCGUUCGACGCAACGCGAUACUGGAGGUGUGUCGGCCUCGCCGAGCUGGAUGCCGACCUUGCAGCUCUUCCUCACGGUGACUCCACCGGUAUUGGAGAGCGAGGUAUCACUCUGAGUGGUGGACAGAAGCAGAGAGUCAGCAUCGCUAGGGCUCUGUACUUCCAGGCCGAUGUAUACCUCUUCGAUGAUAUCCUCUCUGCGCUAGACGCCCACGUCGGCAAGGCAAUCUUCCAGAAUGCCAUCCUGGAUCUUAAGGCUCGCGGCAAGACGGUCAUCCUUGUUACGCACGCACUUCACCACCUUCACUCCGUCGACCGCAUUGUGACCAUGACCAAUGGUGCCAUUGCCGAGAGCGGUACCUACGAGGAGCUCCGCGCCCGUCCCAAUGGCGCCUUUGCAAACCUCAUGGCCGAGUUUGGAGGUGAGGAAGAAGAGGAAGUGGAAGCGCACGUCGAAGACGAGGCGGAAGCAAUCGAGACUGCCAAGAAGAAGUCGGCCAAGGCCACUGCAGACGAGCUGCAGUCGAAGCAGCAGAAGAAGGACGCUGGUGACGAUGGUGUCAUGACACGAGAACAGCGAAACACUGGAUCUGUUUCUUUCGAUGUCUACAGGUCCUACCUGAAGGCGGGGCGCGGCGAGUAUAUGCUGCCCCUCGUCAUCUUCACCGUCUGCCUGAUGCAGGGCGCAACUGUGAUGAACUCGUACUGGUUGGUUUUCUGGCAAGACCAGCAGUUCGGUGACUCUUACGAUCACCGAGGACUAUACAUGGGAGUCUAUGCCGCUCUGGGAAUCGCUCAAGCCAUCAUGACCUUUGCCAUGGGUUUCGCAACGAGCAUGCUCAGCUUCUGGGCCUGUGCCAAUCUGCACCAUGAAGCUAUGAGAGGUAUCAUUUUCGCCAAGAUGUCCUUCUUCGAUACAACGCCCGUUGGACGUAUUAUGAACAUCCUUACCAAGGACAUUGACGUUGCCGACAACCAGCUUGCCGAUGCUUUCAGAAUGGCCUUGAACACCCUGGGUACUGUGGCUGGAAGUGUCAUCCUGAUUACUGUCCUGACACACUACUUCGUCGUCAUCGUCGCCGUCCUCAUCUUUGCCUACUACUUUGGCGCGAUGUUCUACCGUAGCAGUGCGCGAGAGGUCAAGAGACUCGACGCCAUCCUCCGUUCGACGCUCUACGCUCAUUUCGGCGAGAGUCUAAGUGGUCUGGUUGUCAUUCGUGCUUACAAUGAGGUCCAGUCCUUUGUCAAGAUGAACAUGAAGAAGAAUGACGAAGAGAACAGGGCCUACUUCAUCACCAUUGUCAAUCAGCGAUGGCUCGGUAUCCGUCUCGACUUCCUCGGAUCGAUUCUGACGCUCGUAGUAGCCAUCAUGGUCGCCGCCACCUCGGCAUCCCUCUCGCCCGCUCAAGUCGGAGUCGCCCUCUCUUACGUCGUCUCAACAGCACAGUCCUUCUCCUGGAUGACUCGUCAGGUUGCCGAAGUCGAGAACGACAUGAACUCUGUAGAGCGCAUCGCCUACUACGCCAACUCGCUCGACCAGGAGGCGUCUCAGGAGACUGGCGCUGGCCUGCCUGCUUCUUGGCCCUCUCAAGGCGAGAUUGACAUCAAGGGUGUGUCGCUCCGCUACCGUGAGGGUUUGCCUCUUGUGCUCAGCGAUGUCAACCUACAUGUCGAGGGUGGUGAGAAGGUCGGCAUUGUCGGUCGUACUGGAGCAGGCAAGUCUAGUCUGUUGACUGCUUUACUGAGACUGGUCGAGCUCAACAGUGGCUCGGUCAAAAUUGACGGAAUCGAUGUAGCCAAGGUUGGACUGGCAGACCUCCGACGACGAAUCGCCAUGCUGCCGCAAGACCCCCUCAUCUUCAGUGGUACGUUGCGCAGCAACUUGGAUCCAUUCGGAGAGUACGACGAUGCUCGUUUGAACGAUGCACUGAAGAGAGCUUACCUUAACGACGACUCGGAAGAGGUGUCUGAAGAGGGGCCCGACAGUGCGGACACCUCGGCCAUUGCUCUGCCUUCUGGUUCGGAGAAGCCCAAAAAGAAGGCAGCUCAGCGCUUCAGCCUCGACAGCAUCGUCGAAGAGGAGGGCGGCAAUCUCAGUCUGGGUCAACGUUCCCUCGUCUCACUCGCUCGUGCCCUGGUCAAGGAUUCUCAGAUCAUCCUCUUGGACGAGGCAACUGCCUCCGUCGAUGUCAAGACUGAUGCCAGGAUUCAAGAGACGAUUCGAACCGAAUUUGGCACCAAGACCCUCUUGUGCAUUGCGCACCGUCUGCGCACCAUCAUCACCUACGACAAGGUCGCCGUGAUGGACAAGGGUGCCGUGGUAGAGUAUGAUCAUCCGCUAGUAUUGUACGAUAAGAAGGACUCGAUUUUCCGCGACAUGUGUCUCAAGGCUUCUAUCACUCGGGAGGAGAUGCUCAAGGCAGAGGCUUUGUGA